CAUAAUUUUAUCCAUUCUGUUAUUGGAAAAAUUGUUUAAUAUUCAAAAUUGGUUUUCACAAGUAAAAUACAUUUUGAAAUGCUUGAAAGCGUUUGUACAUUAUGUGGCGUUAAAAGUUCUUGUGAACUACUUAAUAUUUUGGAAAGUUUUUGUGAAGAAAGCACUGUUAACGUUUUAAUUACAAAAUACUUACACAUUCAGGCUCAAAGUAGUUUCUUGUGCGUAGAAUGUUUUGAACAAAUAAAAUCAUUUCAUAAGUAUUACAAAAAAGUUCACGAAACUCAAAAAACGUUUUCCAUUUCGAACACAAACAAAUUUAGUGCUGAUAAUAAUGAAGAGGAGACAAAAGGGGACUUUAAAGUAUCUUCUUCAGCGGGAAGUUACAACAUAAAAUGUGUGAAAGAGGAGCCAAAUGAGAUAUUUGAUGUCUUAAUUGAACACUUAAUUCAAUCUGAAAAAUCUAAUGAUGUUGAAGUUAGAAAAAUAGACGGAAAUAAUUUUGUGGAUGACGGAAAAAGUGAGGAUAGUAAAAGUGAUUUGGAUGUAAAACCGGAGAAAAACAAAAUUAAUCCACUUUGGAGCCAGAGUCAGAAAAUUCCAAGUAGGAAAAAACGAUGUAAAACUAAGAUUAAAGAAGAUAUCGAUCCAACAGACAUAAAAGACGAACUUGAAUUGGAUAUUUCAUCUUUAAAGCAAGAAAAUUUUAAAAAUAUAGAUUACGAUACUGAUAAAGAUCAGGAUAAUAAGAUUUGUAGCUUUAUGAAUCUCAUUUGUGCAAUAUGCAAUGAAAAAUUUACAUCAUUCAAUGGAAUAAAACGACACUAUAAUAACAUACACCAAACAAGAGGUUUUAUAAAUUGCUGUAAAUUAAAAUUUUACACUCGAGAAGAACUAAUUGAUCAUAUUGAUUGCAAUCAUUUCAAUUCUGAUAGACUGAAGUGUCAUUUAUGUGACAAAAAACUUGUCAACACCCGAAGCUUGAAGCGACAUUUAAUAGGUGUUCAUCAAAUGAAAAAGGAAGAACUUUAUCCUUGCGAGAUAUGCCCAGACAAAUCAUUUUCUAAUCGUGUUGAUCUUAAGAAACACAAAUAUGAGGUGCAUACAACUAGUAAAUAUGAGUGCCUAAAAUGUAAAAGAACAUUUAAAGGUGAAAUGAAUCUACGACUUCAUGAGGAAAAAAUAUGCAAUAGAGAGCGGGCACCGCGGGUUUGCGAUUUUUGUGGGAAAAUUUACAAAAGUUCAAGUGGCUUCUAUAAACAUAUAAAUGAAGUACAUAAACGAAAAGUAGAGGGACUUCAAGAAUGUGAUAAAUGUGGUAAAUUAGUUAAUAGAUUAGCAUUUCAUAAAAAAAUGGUUCAUCCACCUGAGGGUACAAUAAUUAAAUGUAAGCAAUGCGAUAAAGUAUUGAAAACAAUGUUUGCAUUACGAAACCAUCAAGAAAAAGCUCAUAGAAUUGAAAAAAGAAAUUUCUUAUGUAAUAUAUGUAAUAAAGCAUUUAAGAGAAGAAAACUUUUGCUGGAACAUACUGCUUGUCAUACCGGCCAACCAUUAUAUACGUGUAAUUAUUGUCCAAGAACAUUCCAACAUGGAUCAAAUUAUUUAAAACAUAAGAAGAGUCAACAUGCAGAGGAAUGGGCAGAAGAAAAAAGAGUUAAAUUAUUAAGUUUAAAGGACAAUAAGUGAAAAUAAUAUAAGAAUUUUUAUUUUUUUUUUUUAAUUUUUUAUUGUAAUCAUCAUUGCGCUGGAUACUUUAUAUUUAGUGCUUACGUUAGUUUUUAUAAAAUUCUUUUGUAAUUUAAUAAAACGUAUUCUAAGGAUGAAUGUAUGCAACUUUUUGUAAGUAGUAAUUUAAAUACGUAAUGUAUUUAAGUUAAUUUGGAAAGCAAAUUUUAUUAAAUAUUUAAAACAUAUUUGUGU